AUGAUCCACCCACCCCAGCCUCCCAAAGUGCUGGAAUUACAGGCAUGAGCCACCUUGCCUGGCCUGUCUCAGAGCUUUCAAGUGAGUCAGCAACAGGUGAAAUCCCACAUCUGUCUAUGGGCAGACUUGCCUCUUCCUGGGCCUCUGUUUUCACGUCUGUGCAAUGGGAACAGUUAUUUAUGGUGGCUGCUGAAUGAGCAAACCCAGGGAAGUUGUUCAAACAGAGGCCGCUAUGACUAUUGUUACAGUGACUGCUGUUGCAGUCACCCUGAGUGAGAAAAAGAGGUUGACGAAGGACAGGGGAGGAGUCCUGGGAAGUUCCCCAGUCACCCUGAAAAACUGGUUCAACCUGCGUCUGUGCUCCCAUCCCAGGGAGUAUAGGUGGAGCCUCCAGAGGCUGUGAACAGGGUAUGCUAGGGCUGGGCCAGCCUCAGCAGGGUCUCUAAGGCACCCCUGGGAUCCCUACUGAGUUUGCCUACUUCAGACGGCCAGGGCCUAGCCCUUAGUGUUCAGCUUCUGGGCCCUUGGCAUAUCCACAGGACACGAAGAUGGAGAUUCCCAUGGGGACCCAGGGCUGCUUCUCAAAGAGCCUCCUGCUCUCAGCCUCAAUCCUGGUCCUCUGGAUGCUCCAAAGCUCCCAGGCAGCCCUCCACAUCCAGAAGAUUCCAGAGCAGGCUCAAAAGAACCAGGACCUUCUCUUGUCCGUCCAGGGUGUCCCAGACACCUUCCAGGACAUCAACUGGUACCUGGGGGAGGAGACCUAUGGAGGCACGAGACUAUUUACCUACAUCCCUGGGAUACAACGGCCCCAAAGGGAUGGCAGCGCCAUGGGACAGCGAGACAUUGUGGGCUUCCCCAAUGGUUCCAUGCUGCUGCGCCGUGCCCAGCCUACGGACAGCGGCACCUACCAAGUAGCCAUCACCAUCAACUCUGACUGGACUAUGAAGGCAAAGACUGAGGUCCAGGUAGCUGAGAGGAAUAAAGAGCUGCCCAGUACACACCUGCCCACCAAUGCGGGGAUCCUGGCGGCCACCAUCAUUGGAUCUCUUACUGCUGGGGCCCUUCUCAUCAGCUGCAUUGCCUAUCUUCUGGUGACAAGGAACUGGAAGGGCCAGAGCCACAGGGUAUCUGCUCCAGGAGGCCAGGGGUCUCUGUCAGUCUUGUGCCCAGCUGUGUCCCCAGUGCCUUCAGUGACACCCAGCACAUGGAUGGCAACCACAAAGAAGCCAGAAUUGGGCCCUGGUCAUGAUGAUGACAACAUCUAUGAAGUGAUGCCCUCUCCGAUCCUCCUGGUGUCCCCCAUCAGUGACUCAGGGUCCAUGAACCCAGCCCUGCCCCUGCCUGCACCUCCACCCCUGCAGGCAGGGCCAGAGAACCACCAAUACCAGGACCUGCUAAACCCCGACCCUGCCCCCUACUGCCAGCUGGUGCCAACCUCCUGACGGGUCCUGGGCCAGGCCAGCUGGGGAGAAGACAAGGCCCCAGCCUCCUCUGGGAGCCUCACGCCUAAGACCAGCAGGACGAGGCCAUCAAGGGCUCAGCACCACGUGGGGCAGGUGUCCCAGCAGGGAGGCAGGAGCCUGUAACAGGCCCAGUUCCCUGCGCAGCCCCUGAGUGCACGCCCUGCCUUCAGUCCGUUCUUUCAAGCAAGCAGGCCUGGGCUGUGUGUCUAGAAAAGCAGGCUCUGGGACCCUCCCAUCCCAAAGUCCCCCAGGAUCUGGAUAUUUGGGGACACGGGGGUAGCCUCAGGCCUGCCUCCCAGGCAGUUGGCUGCGCUACCAACUGUCUCCUGACGCCACCUCCCACCCUUUCCUCUUCCCCACUCUGUCUCCACCACACUGACCUUUCUGCUUUUUUUUAUUUUUGAGACAGAGUCUCACUCUGUCGUCCAGGCUGGAGUGCAGGGGCACGAUCUUGGCUUGCUGCAAUGCCCUACCCCACUUCACAGUGACCAUCAGGGUCUUUCUCCCUGGAGACAAAGCAGACCCCCCACCAUGCAGGCCUUAGGUAGCAGAGAGGCCCAGCCUCACAGGCCUGUGGUCCCACAUGCCAGUUCCAGCAAGGUGACCAAGGCUGCCGGGCCCUCCCUGUUCAGGAUGCCCCUGCCCCUCUCAGGACCUGCUGCCAGCUGCUGGCCUCGGCCCCCACUCCGAACCCCACCAAGUCCCCCGGCACAGCAGCUCCCUUCUCCACCCCGCCCCAGCCCCGGUCCCAAAGGUGGGCUCCGCUUGUCGCUCCCCCAAUCUAUGCAUUCAUUCAGCAAUAAAUGAGCCUUUGCUGUA